AUGGCACAAAUUCGAGGAACUGCGGGCUAUAACCUGGGCGGAGGACAGAACACAUUUGGAGGACCAAGCAGAGGGGAUACCAUGAAUGACCCAAGUCCUCUUGAUGCAAUUCGGGAGCAGACUGGCAAGAUUGAGGAUUUCUUGGACACGUUGAGCGAUCCUAUAAAGCCAUAUCUGCCAGCGAUUGGGCGAUUCCUAAUUGUAGUUACGUUCUUGGAGGACGGGCUCCGAAUUAUCACACAAUGGUCCGACCAAUUGCUGUACCUACACGACUACAGACACAUCCCAUACGGACUUAACCACCUGUUCCUUCUGGUCAAUGUCAUCGCCAUGGUUUCUUGUUCAUCACUAGUUAUUGCCCGCAAGUACUCUGACUACGCUGUUGGAGGUCUGAUUGGAGUUGUCAUCACACAAGCCCUUGGAUACGGACUCAUUUUCGACCUUAACUUCUUCCUACGCAAUCUCUCCGUCAUGGGAGGUCUCUUGAUGGUCCUCUCCGACUCCUGGGUGCGCAAAUCCAAGGCAUUCGCGGGUCUCCCAGAAAUCGACGAGAAGGAUCGCAAGAUGUACUUCCAACUUGCUGGUCGAGUUCUCUUGAUUUUCCUCUUCGUUGGAUUCGUGUUCAGUGGAACCUGGAGCAUCUGGAGGGUCAUUGUUGCCCUUUUGGGCUUCGUGGCUUGCGUUAUGGUUGUUGUUGGAUUCAAGGCCAAGUUCAGCGCUAUCAUGCUUGUUGUCAUCCUCAGUGUCUUCAACCUCUUGGUCAACAACUUCUGGACUCUUCAUGAGCACCACCCUCACAAGGAUUUCGCCAAGUACGAUUUCUUCCAAAUCCUCUCAAUCGUCGGAGGUCUCCUUCUCCUUGUCAACAGCGGACCCGGCAAAUACAGCAUCGACGAGAAGAAGAAGGUGUACUAG